GUGGUCUUGUUCACGACUUGAAUUGAAUGAAAAGUCUGCGCGGGCGUUUCGCUUUCGACCGUGGUGCGGUCUCGUCACAGCCAAGCCAGCUGGAGCGUUGUGACCCUGUUUCGUGGCCGCACAUUCAGUCAAACUGUGUACGUGAAUACUACAAGGAAGAGAAUUUUAUCUUUCGUCCAUCCGAAACUGGAGACACAUCGUGUAUAAUUUAUCUGAGCUUGGAUACUACUGGAGAUGGCGGCAUCUCAUGCAAGACACUGCAUCAUCGCUGUAGACGGGAGUGAGCACUCGGAGUAUGCGUUUGAGUUGGCCUUGGUAGCCCCAGAAAUCAUGGUUGCCAUGGCGAGACAGGAACAUGACAAGAUCAACGCAGAGAUGCAGAAGUUUGCUGACAAACUCAAACAGCAUAAGAUUGGAGGUAAAGUGAAGACUAUUGUGGCCUCCAAACCCGGAGAAGGCAUCAUCAAAGCUGCUGAGGAGACUCACGCUGACCUCAUUGUGCUGGGCAGCCGAGGUAAAGGCACCGUCCGCCGGACUCUGAUGGGUUCCGUGAGCGACUACGUGGUGCAUCACGCGCACGUGCCCGUCAUCGUCUGCAAACACCCGCACAAACACGUGCACCCCGAGGAUUUGGGGUCCUAGUUGGAGCACUGUGCUGGGUUCCUGAUCAAUGAUCAUAGAGAUGAUGGAAUAGAAUUCAGUUGAAGCUACCCUAGACGACCACCCAUUACUUUACUCUACUUUCCAUUCCUUUAUCUUUACCUUUCCUUUCCUUUCUUUUCCCUUCCUUUCCUUUCUUUCCCUC